AUGAGUAACGCCGAAGAGAAAGCGAGAACCUCCGGCGAGACCUCUCGCCCGGAGCCUUCUCUGCCGACUGUCAACCCUGCCGCUGAGAAGUCGGAGCCCCCGAAGGCUACCUUCCACCCGGCGGUCUAUGUUACUGCCUGGAUUACCCUGAGUUCCAGUGUUAUCUUGUUCAACAAGCACAUCCUUGACUACGCCCAGUUCCGAUUCCCUAUCAUUCUUACAACAUGGCAUUUGGCUUUCGCGACCUUCAUGACCCAGGUUCUCGCUCGCACCACAACCCUCCUUGAUGGCCGAAAGACCGUCAAGAUGACUGGCCGUGUAUAUCUCCGUGCUAUUGUUCCUAUCGGUAUCUUCUUCAGUUUGAGUUUGAUCUGUGGCAACGUCACAUACCUCUAUCUCUCUGUUGCGUUUAUUCAAAUGCUUAAGGCGACUACCCCCGUGGCUGUUCUGCUUGCGACUUGGGGUAUGGGAAUGGCUCCUGUCAACCUCAAGGUUCUCACCAACGUGGCUAUAAUCGUCGUUGGUGUUGUCAUCGCUUCGUUCGGUGAAAUCAAGUUCGUUUUCAUUGGUUUCCUCUUCCAGAUUGCCGGUAUCGUCUUCGAGGCCACCCGCCUGGUUAUGGUGCAACGCCUACUCAGCUCCGCCGAGUACAAGAUGGACCCUCUUGUCUCUCUUUACUACUUUGCUCCCGUAUGUGCUGUGAUGAACGGUGUUACCGCUCUCUUCCUUGAGGUUCCUACCCUCACCAUGGGUCACAUCUACAACGUUGGAGUUUGGACUCUUUUGGCGAACGCCGUAGUUGCGUUCCUGUUGAACGUUUCCGUCGUUUUCUUGAUCGGAAAGACUUCGUCCUUGGUCAUGACCCUCUGCGGUGUUCUUAAGGAUAUUCUCCUUGUCGCCGCCUCGAUGAUGAUCUGGAGCACUCCCGUUACUGCCCUCCAGUUCUUUGGAUACUCCAUCUCUCUCAUCGGUUUGGUUUACUACAAGCUUGGUGCGGACAAGAUCAAGGAGUACACCAGCCAGACUGGUCGUGCUUGGGCUGAGUAUGGUGCCACCCACCCUGCUCAGCGCCGGUUUGUGAUCAUCGGUGCUUCUCUCCUUGUCUUCUUCCUGUUCGUCGGAUACAUGGCACCCAGCUACGCCCCCGAGUCUGUGGCCAAUGUCAAGGGCGUCCUUGGCGGAGCCACUGCUGGCAAUGCUUAA